AAUAGAAAGAAAUCAUUCACCUUCUCUCUCAUCCUCUUGAAAUUUUAGAAAGAGAAUAUAAAAACCCAGUUUGCUGCAAUAACUUUGAGUUAGAGAGAGAUUUACAAGGCCGUUGCUGGUUGUUUCUCUCUCUGAAAUCUUCUUUUUUUCGGGUGAAUAAAUUCUCUCUCUGAAACCUUCUAUUGUUUUGGGUGAAGAAAUCCGUUUUGGGUGAAUAAAUUCUCUCUAAAACCUUCUGUUUUUUUUUUGGGGAAGAAAUCCGUGUUUUAGGAAGAGAUGAGUGUUAUUUUCUCCCUCUGAUUUAGGAAGAGAGGAGUCAUUUUCUGGAGAGAAUUUUGUUUUAAAGGAGCUUCCGUUUCUCUCUAUAUGAGAAGAUUACGUGACCCAUGUUUCAAAAUUCGUCAAAUUUUUAGAGAGAGAAAUAAAAUUAAGAACCCAUUUUCCAGCACCAUUUACAAAUAUUCUUUAAAUUCCACCCGAUAUAAUCUCACUUUUAUAAUCAUCUCAUUUCAUACAUAUUUUUUUAAUUUCGCCCAAUAUGUCUUAUAAAUAUUCUUUAAAUUCCAUCCGAUAUAUCUGAUUCUUAUAAUUAUCUAUAUCUCAUUCUUAUGAUCAUCUGUUUACAAAUAUCUUUUGAUUCCCCGAAUUUAUCUUCUUUCAUAAGCAUAUCUAUCCUUUAUUUUAUGUUUAUCCAACGAUUUAAAGUUUUAAAUUUAUACAAAUAUGGCUAAUGCUGCUACUACCGGCAACCAUGUUUCGGCUUCGAAUUCCAAUUCUCCUGUCUCUGGUUUAAUGGGUACCAUGAAUAGGAGAAGACAUGCCGAUUAUGAUCUCGAAGUAGUGGAAUCGAAAGAACCGAAUCAUAAUCUCGAAGGCGUUGGGGAACUGAAAGAAGAGAGAUCGGGCUCUGGCUUCUUUUUUCCUACGAAUUUGAGAGUCCAAUGGAUUAACUUUAGUAUGACACUCUUUUUUAUUGUUAUCAUCGUUGUUUUCCAAUUUUGGAACUUCCGUGGUCUCUACUUUUUUGAUGAAACACUCGAUAGAGAGGAGCGUUUGGUAGUUCCUCUGCGGACAUCAAAUCCAUAUAAUGCUGCUAUUCAAGAGGUUGAUGCAGGACAAUAUCAAUACAAGCAACUUCCAAUAUGGAGUAAACCAGAUAGCAAUGGAUUUUCCCAGUGUAUUGAUUCUCGGAGAAAAUCUCACAGAGUGGAUGCAACAAAUGGAUAUAUUCUCGCUCGUGCCAACGGGGGAUUAAAUCAAAUGAGAACAGGGAUCUGUGAUAUGGUUGCCAUUGCAAAAAUCAUGAACGCGACUCUUGUGCUUCCUAUGCUUGAUCACAAUUCAUUCUGGACUGAUCCAAGUGAAUUUGGUGACAUUUUCGAUGCCCAACAUUUUAUCAAUUAUCUGAAGGAUGAUGUUCACAUAGUGGAGAAGCUGCCACCCGAGCUUGCAGCUGCUAAUAAGAUCGACAAAGCUCCUGUGUCUUGGUCCAAGGCGAGUUACUAUCGGAAAGAGAUUGUUCCUUUGCUUUUACAACACAAGGUGAUCAAUUUCACCCACACUGAUUCUCGACUAGCGAACAAUGGCCUUGCCGAUUCAAUUCAAAAGCUUCGUUGCAAGGCAAAUUAUGGGGCUCUGAGAUUUACUAAAGAGAUUGAUGAGUUUGGGAAGAAAUUGAUCGAUAGAUUAACAAAGGACGGCAAGCCUUUUAUUGCUUUGCACUUGAGAUACGAGAAGGACAUGCUUGCGUUCACAGGAUGCAGUCACAACCUUACCUCAGAAGAAUCAGAAGAUCUCUAUGAAAUGAGAAAGGCAGUCAAGCAUUGGAAAGAGAAAGAGAUCGAUGGAGAAGAUAAACGGAUUCAAGGAGGGUGCCCAAUGACCCCUAGAGAAACGGCAAUCUUUUUGAAAGCCAUGGGUUACCCCGAAGAUACUAUCAUCUACAUUGUUGCAGGAGAGAUAUAUGGGAGCAAUAGCAUGAAAAUUCUCCGAAGUGAAUUCCCGCAUGUGUACACUCACUCUACUCUUGCAACUGAAGAUGAACUGGCUCUGUUUAAACAGUAUCAGAACAGGCUUGCAGCUGUGGACUACAUGUUAGCCGUUAAAAGUGACGUAUUUGUGUACACUUAUGACGGGAACAUGGCUAAGGCAGUACAAGGUCAUCGAAAGUUUCAAGAUUUUCAGAAGACCAUAAUACCCGACAAGCAUAAGUUCGUCCAAUUGAUUGAUAAACUAGACAGGGGUGAGCUUCAUUGGGAAAAUUUCUCAAAUAAGGUGCAGGCUGCACAUAAGAACAAGACUGGAGGUCCCUCAUUCAGAGAAAGUGGUGACUUCCCUCGACUUGAGGAAAACUUUCAUGCAAACCCUUAUCCCGGCUGCAUCUGCAAAUUCAGAACUGAAACGGAUUCAGUGAAACAAGGAAUUUUGCAUAGUGAAAAAUCGGCUGCAUCUGCAAAUUCAGAACUGAAACAGAUUCAGUGAAACAAGGAAUUUUGCAUAGUGAAAAAUGAGUUUCAGAUAAAAUGAGUUUCAGAUUAGAAUUUCACUGAAAUGUAUCCAAUGAAACAAGAAAAUUUUGCAGAAUUUAGAAAAAUGAGUUUCAUGUUAAGACGUCGAUAUGGUUCCCCAAGGCCUGGUUGAGAAGUUUUGGCUUCUUUUUUUUCUGGGUUUCAUAGUCCGGAAGCAAAGGAUACUUUUGUUGGUUUCAUAGUUGGGAGACAAAGGAUAAUUUCUUUUGGUUUCUGAGCCGGUUGCAUAGUCAGGGACGAAGGAUAGACAAAUGAUAAUUUUUCUGGUUUCACAGUUAGGGACAAAUGUAUAGGAUAUAGUUGGAUGGAAUGCCGUAUAGCUAUACAUUUGAUUUAUAGAUCAUUAAUUCAUUUUUUUGAUC